AUGGGCGACCAACAACCGAGCUCCUCGCCUUCUCGUGGGAUCAAACGAAAAGCCGAUGAAAUGCAAUCGCCACGUCGAAUCCGGGCUUUGCAUCAAGAUGUCGUCAACAAGAUUGCUGCCGGAGAGAUCAUUGUUGCGCCGGUGCACGCAUUGAAGGAGCUCAUAGAGAAUGCUGUCGAUGCUGGUGCGACUAGUCUGGAGAUACUGGUCAAGGAGGGUGGCCUAAAGCUUCUUCAAAUCACCGACAAUGGCUGCGGCAUCAGCAAGGAAGAUCUACCCAUCUUGUGCGAGCGGUUCACCACUUCGAAGCUGAAGGAGUUUGAAGACUUGCAAGCGAUCGGAACAUACGGAUUCCGAGGAGAGGCGCUCGCCAGUAUAAGUCACAUCGCCCACCUGGCAGUGACAACCAAGACAGCAGACUCUAGCUGCGCCUGGAAAGCAUACUACGCUGGCGGCAACCUGACACCUGCAAAACCUGGUCAGUCAGCCGAGCCGAGGGCCUGCGCAGGUAGGCAAGGCACUCAGAUCACCGUUGAAGACCUCUUCUACAACGUGCCCACCCGUCGACGAGCUUUCCGUUCAGCCAGCGAGGAGUACGCAAAGAUUGCAGAACUGGUCGGCAAGUAUGCUGUCCAUUGCCAAGGUGUUGCCUUCUCUUGCAAGAAACAUGGAGAGGCUGGAGCAGGUGUGGCGGUUCCCGCAAAUGCAGCCAUGCGCGAUCGGGUUCGCCUCAUCCACAACAGCGCGGUUGCGAACGAUCUCAUCGAUAUUCGUGUCGAGAACGACCAGUACGGCUUCAAAGCUGAAGGUCUCGUCAGCAAUUCCAACCACAGUGGUAAGCGCACCACGAUGUUACUUUUCAUCAACCAUCGAUCGGUCGAUUCGUCGAUCAUCAAGAAGGCAGUGGAGCAGACGUAUCAGGCAUUUCUGCCCAAAGGAGCCAAACCAUUUCUCUAUCUCAGUCUAGAGAUCGAUCCCGCUCGCGUGGACGUCAACGUGCAUCCAACAAAGCGCGAAGUCAACAUCCUGAACGAAGAAGAAAUUGUUGAACUCAUCUGCGAGGACAUCCGCAAGAGUCUGGGAAAGGUGGACACAAGCCGAACUUUCAUGACACAAAGCCUGUUGAGCGGUGCAAAGAUGCCAGCCAUCGCCAAAUCGAACACGCUGCCGGAGGUGAGCUCCACUCCUGCAGCCAACUCUCUGCGACCAGCAACUUCGCAGGCCAGCAUAAGGAAGCCGUACGAGAACAACCUGGUGCGGACUGAUGCAAAGGAGAGGAAAAUCACUGCAAUGCUGCCUCGUGGGCAACGACCAUCCUCGCCAUCACACGAACCUGCUUCCGAUGGGAUGGAUUAUGAAAUCACCGACAAAGAAGCAACGAUCUGCCGCCUGACAACUGUGAAGGACCUCCGAGCCUCGGUCAGGGAGAACAUGCACAACGAGCUCACCGACACUUUUGCCAGUCAUACUUUCGUUGGCAUCGUUGAUGAAUCGAGACGUAUCGCAGCCAUUCAAGGAGGAGUCAAGCUCUUUUUAGUCGACUAUGGUCUCACCUCUGCGGAAUACUUCUACCAGCUUGGUCUCACUGACUUCGGCAAUUUUGGCUCGAUACGCUUUGAUCCUCCGCUCAAACUCAACGACCUGCUCCAGAUCGCUGUCGAACAGACCAGAGCGCUUGAGCCACAUGUCGAGUGCGAUUGGGAGGAAGUCGUGCCGGCGGUAGCCGAUCAGUUGAUCUCCCGCCGAGCAAUGCUCGGUGAAUACUUUUCGCUAGACAUCUCGCAAGAGGGUGAACUUCUGGCCAUUCCUCUACUGGCUAAAGGCUACAUGCCAUCGCUGGCUAAGCUUCCCAAUUUCUUGCUGAGACUAGGGCCCCACGUUGACUGGACGGACGAGAAAACGUGCUUCCACAGUUUCCUGAGGGAGCUGGCUAGCUUUUACGCUCCUGAGUCAAUUCCACUUGCCUCUCAGACCGACGCAGACGACGCCGAUGUAGCCGAGAGGCGGCGACACUUGCAUCGCUCCGUGGAGAACGUACUGUUCCCAGCUUUCAAGUCUAGGCUUAUCGCAACUCGAGGUCUUCUGAAGGGCAUCAUCGAGGUCGCAAAUCUACGCGGACUUUACCGUGUGUUUGAGCGAUGUUGA